AGAGCUCCAACAGCGACAUGUCUGUAUCAAGGAAGAGUUUCCUGCUGACCUGCUGGAGAGGAACCCCAGUCCAGACCAAGAGGAGCCAGAACCUCCACAGAUUAAAGAGGAGGAGGAGCACUGCAUCCGUCUGGGAGUAGAGCAGCUUGUACUGAAGCAGGAGGAUCAAGAUAACCUUUUGUUGAAUCCUACUUUCAUAGAAAGUGACCACAGUGAACCAGAACCAAGUGACCACCAGCUCCUCUCCCACAGCUCAGCUCAGAGCCAUGAUCUUAGUGGAGACAAGCAUGGAAACUCAAUAUCAGUGAGUAAUGCAGAGCAGGCAUCAGAAAAGGGACAUCAUGUCAUCACAAGAGCAAAAGAAAGCACAAGUCCCAGUAACCUUGCGUGUAGCACUACCAUGUCAAAGAUUGUGCCGAAUAUCUGCAAGGGUAAAAAAGUUCUCCAGUGUGACACUUGUGGAAAAGUCUUUAAGUGGAAGUCAGGAUUAAAUGAACAUCUUAAGUUUCACAGAGGUGAGAAACCAUAUAUUUGCAAAACCUGUGGAAAAAGAUUUUGUUACAAGUCAGCACUAGAAACACAUCUGAGAGUCCACGCAGGGCAGAAACAGCAUUCUUGCGAAAUGUGUGAAAAAAGUUUCACAACUAGCACAAAUUUGAAGAUCCACGAGAGAACGCACACGGGCGAGAAACCUUUUCCUUGCAAAACUUGUGGGAGAAGUUUUACAUCUAGAAUGAAUCUGCAGGUCCACGAGAGAUUGCACACUGGCGAGAAACCUUUUUCAUGUAAAACUUGUGGGAGAAGUUUUACAUCUAGAAUGAAUCUGCAGAGACACGAGAGAACGCACACAGGCGAGAGACCUUUCUCUUGCAAAACUUGUGGGAGAAGUUUUUUUCACAGACAUCAUCUGCAGAGACACGAGAGAACGCACACGGGCGAGAAACCUUUUUCUUGCAAAACGUGUGGGAGAAGUUUUACAACUAGAGUGCAUGUGCAGAACCACGAGAGAACGCACACGGGCGAGAAACCUUUCUCUUGCAAAACUUGUGAGAGAAGUUUUAGUGAGAGAAUUACCCUGAAGAGACACGAGAGAACACACACGGGCGAGAAACCGUUCUCCUGCAAAACUUGUGGGAGAUGUUUUAACAAGAGUUAUUCCCUGAAGAGACACGAGAGAACUCACACGGGCGAGAAACCUUUUACUUGCAAAACUUGUGAGAAAAGUUUUAAAUGGGGAAGUAGCUUGAAAGUCCACAUGAGAAGCCAUAAAUGGCAGGAGUAAUUUCCCUGUACAACUGGUGGGGAAAGAUUUGUUAACAAAUCCCUUUUAACAAAACAUUUGAGUACCCACACAUAGCAAAACUGAUAUUUUGUAAAAUGUUUGCAAGAUCUCUGACUUGCCAGUUUAUACAAAGUCCACAGGAGAAAAUAUCCAGUUGAGAAGCCACACCAUGGCAACACAAGAGGGAUAAGAUUUGCUCAAGCGUUGUCAAAUAAGUUGUUACUUAGUUAUUGAUUCAUUAAUAAGUGAUACAACAGUUAGCGAAAACAAUACUGGAAAUGUUUCCAGGGGCCAAAAAAAGUGAUGAACCUUGUUGUAGUUCAAUGCUUUAUGAAGUUCCAUCACCACUGAUGAAUAGCAGACUUCAAUAACUUCAAAAAGCAUUGAACUAAAUCCAGGUUCAUCACUUACAGCUACACAAGAGAGAUUGUCUACAUUUACAUUAGCUGCAUCUCUGUAACUGAAUGGAAAAUAUCCCAUUGAGGAGACACCACUAUAUCUUUGAUGCAGUAGAUGGACAACAACAUUUGCUAAAGUACCCACGUUUCUGUUUUUCGUGUGACUUUUCUGAUAUUUACAUCUGUAAAGGAAGUGAUGUUUUCAAGCAUGGCUCAUUGUUUAUUCAUUUAUCAGCCAUUUAUACCAAAUGGUGCAGGAAGGGGGCGGGGUGAGAGCAAUUGAUUGGGUUAAAGUGGCAGAUCCAGGAUAUUAUAUUAUCACUGAAUGUUGAGAGAUGUUGUCAAUGUGUCAGGAACGACUGUGGAUCAAGAUGUAAAACUCUGACAUAUUUGUGGUACAGAGAUUUAUAAGAACACAGUAUGUGGUGCAGAUUAUCAGAUGACUUCCCUUUUUCUUUUCUUUUUCUAUUACAAAAGAAAAAAAUAUGUUGUUAAUGUGUAAACAGUCCUAAAUAACUGUCACUGUAAAUGGUUAUUCUU